UUGGGGCGCAGACAGCCGCCGGAAAAAUUAAAUAUCUCGUAUACGGUCGGUGACUGGCACGCCGUAUUCUUGGUUGUAUUUACCAAAAGAAUUUGGAAAUAUAACGAACAUAAUGGCUUCAGAACGUUAUAGUUUUUCUCUCACAACUUUCAGUCCUUCGGGGAAACUGGUGCAGAUUGAGUAUGCUUUAGCCGCUGUGGCUGCUGGUGCUCCCAGUGUGGGAAUCAAAGCCUCCAAUGGUGUUGUACUUGCGACAGAAAAUAAACACAAAUCAAUUUUGUACGAUGAACACAGUGUAAGCAAAGUUGAAAUGAUAACUCCUUACAUUGGUAUGGUCUACAGUGGAAUGGGCCCUGAUUAUCGCUUGCUUGUAAAGCAAGCACGUAAGAUGGCUCAGCAAUAUUAUCUUGUUUAUAAAGAAUCUAUUCCUACUGCCCAACUUGUUCAACGAGUUGCUAUGUUAAUGCAAGAGUACACACAAUCUGGUGGUGUUCGACCAUUUGGUGUUUCUUUACUGAUCUGUGGCUGGGAUAAAGGAAAGCCCUACUUAUUUCAAUGUGAUCCAUCUGGGGCUUACUUUGCAUGGAAAGCAACUGCCAUGGGCAAAAACUUCAUCAACGGUAAAACUUUCUUAGAAAAACGUUAUAGUGAAGAUUUAGAGUUGGACGAUGCUGUGCACACCGCUAUUUUAACUUUAAAAGAAGGUUUUGAAGGUCAAAUGACAGCUGACAAUAUUGAAGUUGGCAUAUGUGAUGCAAAUGGUUUUCGCAGAUUAGACCCAUCAAAUGUUAAGGAUUAUUUGGCCAAUAUUCCUUAAUUUAGUUAAUAAUUAUGAUUUAUUCAGAAUAAUUUUACAAAAUACUUGUGUUUGAUUGGCAUACAAAUGGAAUACCAAUAUUAAAAAAAAAUAAAUUGUUCUUUUAUAUUCUAUAAAAACUUGAGCACUAUUCUUUAUCAGUGAUCCAUAUAAUUAGUUCUCAAUUAAAAAGAGUGUUUAUCUUAAGGUUGGUUUAUAAACUAGUUAAGCAUUUAUUAUUUACAAAAAUUAUGAGUUACAUAAAAUAAAUGAGUCAAACA